GGGCGCCGGACCCCCAGGCGCAGCAACAGGUCUCGGGCCCCCAGGCGGAGCGGCGGGCCCGGACCCCCAGGCGGAGCGACAGGUCUCGGGCCCCCAGGCGGAGCGGCGGGCGCCGGACCCCCAGGCGAAGCGAAAGGUCUCGGGCCCCCAGGCGGAGCGGCGGGCGCCGGACCCCCAGGCGGAGCAACAGGUCUCGGGCCCCCAGGCAGAGCGGCGGGCGCCGGACCCCCAGGCGGAGCGACAGGCACCGAGUCACCAGUCACGACAGUGGGCUCCGAGUCAACUGGCAUGACCGCUGGCACUGGGUCAGACAAUGGAUCGUCUGGCUGGACAGCGGGCAUCGGGUCACCAGGCAUCAGGUCAUUUGUCUCGACAGCGGGCACCGCGUCAUCUGGCAAGGCAGUGGGCACCAAGUCACCAGGCACGACAGUGGGCUCUGAGUCAAUUGGCACGACAGCGGGCACGGGUCAUCAGGUACCGGAUUGUCUGGCUCGACAGCGGGCAUCGGGUCACCAGGCAUCAGGUCAUUUGGCUUGCCAGCGGGCACCGCGUCAUCUGGCAAGGCAGUGGGCACCGGGUCACCAGGCA